AUGGCGUCACGUAGGUCGAGGUCUCCAUCGACCCCUUCUGAGGGUGAGAUCAUCGAAUCAGGUUCAGAGACGAAGGCAACUACGUCGCAACUUCCUCUUAAUGGCACCAGCGUUGACCGUCAAACCAGAGUCAGUACAUCGUCCGCCCCCAGGUCUCCAGUAUCUACUACCGAGGGCAGAAACGUCGACGCGAGGAUGACUAUGACGAGAGGCGUUAUCGGCACGAACCACCUCGACGCGGAGGUCCCAGGCAUACCGAUGACAGACACUAUAAUCGAGGCCCUGCUUCCCACAUACGCUCUAGACCUUACCACGACUAUGACCGAGACGAUUAUUACGGUGGUGGUCUCCGGUACACGGACGACUAUGAUCGACGUGGGGAUAAGCGACCCCGGACGCGAAGCCGAUCACCCUACCGAGAAAUACGAAAACCCAAACAGUACUCGGGCGACGAAUGGGAUUCUCAUAGAGAGGGAAGCGUGGCUCCCUGGGAUACUGGAAGACGAAGGUCAUCUACUGAACAAUGCUGAAAUUCGAAAGAAUCAGGUGCAGCAGGUUCCUUCUUAUGCUCCUUCACACAUUGAAGACAGUGCGACUAUGCCCGCAGUACAAGAAAGUCAAGACACUGCAGAAGAACCUGCUGAAACGCUCGAUGAGGCAGCUCGGUUAGAAGCUCGCCGCAAACGACGCGAAGCUAUCAAGGCAAAGUAUAGAGGUCAAGCGACGCCUCUGCGUCUGCAAGCACUUCAUAUUGGUGCUGAUACGGAUUCGUCUACGCCGACUCCGAGCUUGGAUGCGAUGCCCUCUAGCAAAGCUGCUUCAGUCUCUCCACAACGGUCGGCUUCCGAAGCACCCAACGAUAGCGCUGGUGAUUCUUUCCCAGAGUUUGGAAAUGAUGCUGAUAUAGCUAAUCACAAUGCACCUACGGACGGUGCGGACAAAGAUGAGCCGUCUGCGGCGGAUUACGAUCCGACCAUUGACAUGAAAGCAGAAAGACAGAGGCAUGACAGAGGAGACUCGAAUGGAGACGUUUCGUCGGCUCGCUACGAUGAGACGCAGACCGCCAAGCAGGAUGUUCUGAUGCCUGAUGCCGUCCAAGUUCAACCACCCGAAGUCAAAGCGAAAGAUCCUUAUGAUAUGUUCGCAGAGGACAUCGAUGACAUGUUCGCAGAAGAUAAGGAGGAAACUAUGCAACCUACACAUGCCUCGGCCGUGCCGGUGCCUCAGCCGCAAGAGCUCGACAUUAGUAUGAUGGAUAACUGGGACGAUCCAGAAGGGUACUAUAAUGUCCGGCUGGGUGAGUUGAUCAAUGGACGAUAUCAUGUACAGCAGAAUUUGGGCAAGGGAAUGUUUUCAUCUGUGGUGCGCGCAACAGACGCCAGAACCGGCGGUCUUGUAGCGAUCAAGAUCAUCCGCCAGAACGACACCAUGAGGAAAGCGGGAUUGAAGGAAAUUGGCAUCUUGGAGCAGCUUCGCGAGGCCGACCCGGAGGAUAAGAAGCAUGUCAUCCGAUUCGAACGACAUUUCGAUCACAAGGGGCAUCUGUGCAUGGUUUUUGAGAAUCUCAGCAUGAACCUACGAGAAGUCUUGAAGAAAUUCGGACGGGAUGUGGGCUUGAAUCUACGCGCCAUCCGAGCGUAUGCACAGCAAAUCUUCCUUGGACUCAGUCUGCUCCGAAAGUGCAAUAUCCUUCACGCUGACUUGAAGCCGGACAACCUGCUCGUGAAUGAGCAGCGCAGCGUACUCAAAGUGUGUGACCUGGGAUCGGCGUCACCGGCGACGGAGAACGAAAUCACGCCGUAUCUGGUCAGUCGAUUCUACCGGGCCCCGGAAAUCAUCCUUGGGAUUCCGUACGACCAUGCAAUCGAUGUUUGGUCUAUAGGGUGUACGCUAUUUGAACUGUACACAGGCAAGAUCUUGUUCACCGGUCGAAAUAACAACCAGAUGCUACGCUCGAUCAUGGAAUGUCGUGGCAAAUACCCUCCCAAGCUUCUCCGGAAAGGAUCGCUGACGCACCAGCACUUUGAUGAUAUGCUCAAUUUCCAUAGCACGGAAGAGGAUAAGAUUACGGGUCGUCUGGUUACGAAAGUCCUUGAUUUCAAGAAACCCACGCGCGACCUCAGAACCAGACUGAUGGGCAAGAACGCCAAAGGAAUGACGGAUGGUGAGGCAAAGGAACUGGCGCUGUUUGUGGAUCUAUUGGACCGCUGUCUGAGUCUCAACCCGGAGAAGCGGUGCACGCCGGCUGAGGCGUUAAAGCAUCCGUUUAUUGCGCGGCCCAAGGCAUAG